GACUGAAUUAAACAGGACAUAAGAGCUUGAGACAAUCGAGCAACCAGAAGUUGUUAUUGAGCAAGAACUGUAACUACUGAAGAUGCCGAGACCAGGCCCAAGGCCUUAUGAGUGCGUCAGGAGGGCUUGGCACAGUGAUAGGCACCAACCCAUGAGAGGAUUUCUCAUUCGAGAGAUACUUAGGGUCGCCAAUGAGAUCCAUAGCCCUGCUACUAAGAGAAACAAGGAAUGGCAGGAGAAGCUACCUAUCGUUGUUUUUAAAGCAGAGGAAAUCAUGUACUCCAAGGCCAAUUCUGAGGCGGAGUACAUGGAUCUCAACACGCUCUGGGACCGGGUGAAUGAUGCCAUUAACACGAUCAUACGAAGGGACGAGGGCAGUGAGACGGGAGAAUAUCUGCAGCCUUGCAUCGAAGCCGCCCUUAACCUGGGUUGCAUUCCGAGAAGAGCAUCGCGGAGCCAACGGCACAGUAACCCGAGGUCUUACCUGAACCCCAGCGCGCAAGAUCAACCCAACUCUGCCAAUCUCAGAGUUCCGGACAAAACGACCCAUGAAGGGUCACUGCCUCUCCAAUCAGGCAACCGAACCAACAGUCCGCAGCUAAUCCCCCGCUACUCCACCUUCACAAGACCCAUAACCUUGAAUUCAACUGGCAUACGCUCAAAAUCUAGUAGUCCCGUCACUCCUGACAGUAACCCAACCUCCACCCAUGAAUUCCCCCUUUCCUCUGAGAACUUUCCUUCAACUGGCCUUAACCAACCCUUACCGAUUCCUGCUUCCCCCUCAUCAAAUUUAGGUCGUGUUAGCCCACUGUGUUAUGGCACUCCUCUUCAGAGUAGGAAGCCCCAAUUAAGCUUGCAAGUCCAAGUUCCCCAAAAGUCAGACCAUGAAACGGUUGUUGGUAUACCUUGCGUUCAGUCCUCUGUGGAGCCUGUUGCAAUGCCUGUGUUGGAGUAUCACUUUUCCUGUGAAGCUGGUGUAAAUGCUUCAGACAGAACUACUCAAUCAGAGUUCAAGGGCAAAUCUGAGAAACGACCUCAGAUUGAGUGUGAUCUAUACUUGCGGCUAGGUCCACCGGCUUCUGAUACAAGAGUGGAAAAUGAAUGGCCUCAUCAGGUUGAAGAUGUUGGUUCCAGUAGUUCGCGAGAAGGGAGCAAGGCCAAUGAUCAAUCUCCACAAAUGGGUAAAGAACUUUGUUUCCUUUUCAGAGAUAAUCCUGAUGACCCCUUGGAAUUCUGCUCAAGUAAAUUGAGUUCUGAGGGUGAAGGUCUGAAUGCAGAAGCAAUUGAUAGGAAGCGAAAGGCUCCUGUUAGUGACUCUGCUGGGGAUGGUAACAUUCACAAACAACCAAAAUUUCCAUCCAACGAGUUUCUUGCAAGAUUAAAGAAGCCAGGCUUGUAGGAAAUCUUUUCCUGUAGUUUAUAUUUGUUCAAAUUUUGAUGUGGCUCAGUAAAUUUGCCUUCGGGGCCUUUUUUCAAUCUUAUUCUAUGUUCUAGUCUUGAGUAUGAGCAUCAGGGCAGGAAUGUGAAGAGUAAAUAGGGAUUCUGAGUUUGAACACUAAGUUGCUGACAAACUAGUAUUACUAACUUAUGAACAGACCAUUUA